GUAGAUUGAAAAGGACAGUUAUUAAAGAUUGAUUUUUAUGUGUCAAAAGUGGUCACUUGUAUUUUACAUCGUCUAGAUGUCAACGAAGAAGGAACCCGGGGGUGGCUGGGGAUGGAUUAUCACACUCGCGUGUUUUAUUGAACAUAUUUUAUAUAUUGGAUCUAUAAAUACAUUGGGAAUUUACCAUGUUUAUAUUAUGGAUGAAUUUAACGAAGACAUUACGGCUGUUACAUUAAUUGGUGCAUUGUAUAUUUCAGUAUCAAUAUCUGGUGCAAUCUUUGCAGUUUUUUUAAAUGAAAAGUUUGGAGAGAGAUUGGUUAUAAUGUCCGGAGGAUUUUUAGUGUUCAUCGGCUACGCCUCCUCAUUCUUUGUGACGGCGUUUCCUGUAUUAUAUUUGACAAUGGCGAUUAUACCAGGAAUUGGAAUGUCAUUUUCGUAUUCCAGUUUAUUGGUAGCGGUAGACAAAUAUUUCACUAAACGCAAAUUUAUGGCAAUGUCUUUGGCAAUACUAGGUGGAUCUUUUGGUAUGGUAAUCAUGCCUAUUUUAGUAGAAUCUCUUUUACAAAAAUAUGGUUUUCAUGGUGCUAUGCUUGUUCAUGCAGGAAUAUCGCUAAAUGUGAUUGUCUGUGGGGCAGUUGUGUUUCCACUUCCGACAGAGAUUGUUCCAAGAAAUUGUAAAACUAAAGCAACGGUAGACAUGAAGUUUUGCAAAGAACCAAAAUUCAUUGUUUACCUCAUCACAAACUUUCUGUUUAUUCCUGCGCAAUACAUACCUGCUACCCAGCUACCGGAAACGGCGGUCUCUAUAGGGAUCAGUAUGGACGAGAUCUCAUUGGUUGUGGCGAUGCUUGGUGUCGGAAGUGGAUUUGGACGCUUAUUCUUUGGUUUUCUAUCUCACUGUUUUUUUAAUCAUGUGGUAAAAUUCUGGAUAAUAUUUUUAGCAGGAAUGGGAUUGAUGCUGUUAAUGGUACCUUAUUCGACAAAAAUAGAGCAAUUUCUAGUUUUUGCAGUUUUAUACGGAUUCUUUGACGGAGGAAACAACGUAGGAUGGAAUCUUUCAUUAAAGAACCUUCUAGAGCCUCAGUAUUACGGUAGAGCUAUGAGUUUGGCCUUACUCGUAGAGGGCAUUGGAUGUGCAAUAGGAAAUCCUUUAACAGGUAAUGUGUAA